AUUCAACGAUCAUUUCAUUCGGCUCUUUAUCGGGUUCGUGUUGAAAUUAUUUCAACAAAAAAUUUAUCCCAAUGUUUCAUUUCUGUUGGAAAAAGACCAUCUACACUUACUGAAUUCGAAAUACUAGUACAA